AUCUGGUCUUUGUCCGACCCUAUCUAGCUUCACUAUUUCUUCCUAUCGAGGCUUCGAUUAUAAAUCCUCGAAGAGGCUUCAUCGUACCAUCUCCACCAUGUCGCUUCUUAAUCAGCUCUUUAGCCGGGGCGUUUUUGGCACGAGAUGUAAAACAUGCUUGAACUUGGCGAUAUCUCGCAUCAAGCUGCUGCAAAACAAGAGAGAUCUGCAAUUAAAACAGAUGCGCAAGGAAAUAGCCCAAUUUUUGCAGGCUGGCCAAGAGCCAAUUGCUCGAAUUCGGGUGGAACAUAUCAUAAGGGAGCAAAAUACAGGAGCUGCAUAUGAUAUAUUAGAGCUAUUCUGUGAAUUUGUUCUUGCGCGCGUUCCAGUAAUUGAGAACCAGAAGGAGUGCCCUCAAGAAUUGCGAGAAGCCAUUGCAAGCAUUAUUUUUGCUGCCCCCAGAUGUUCUGAUGUGCCAGAUUUAUUACACGUCAAAAACUUGUUUACCACAAAAUAUGGGAAGGAAUUCGUAUCUGCAGCAUCUGAACUUCGUCCUGAUUCAGGGGUGAACCGUACGAUAAUUGAAAAACUUUCAGUUCAUGCUCCAUCUGGAGAGGCAAAGCUUAAGGUGUUGAGAGAAAUUGCAGAAGAAUACAAUGUCGCAUGGGAUUACUCCAAAACUGAAGCAGAGUUCAGUAAAAAUCAUGAAGAUCUCCUGGCUGGAGCAAAGCAAGUUAGUGGUAGAGCUAUGGCUUCUCAGAAUCACAGCAAAUCGAGUUCUUUCACUUCAGCGCCUUCAACCAUGAAACAUUCUCAAAUGCCUGUGCAUAACAAACAAGCCUAUGAACACCUUGAAUCUCGCACACCUUCUAACAAUAAAUCUUAUUUUAAUACUCACGAAAUUGAACCAUCACCUAAAAAUGGUGAUCUUCAUUCUGAUGAUGCCAAGAGAGAGACAAGAUCUCAAUCCGGUGAUGUGCUUGAGAAGGCUCGAGCCGCCAUUGCUGCUGCAGACCGAGCUUCAGCAGCUGCACGGGCAGCUGCAGCACUGGUACACACCAUUGGUUUUGGACCCUCGAAGCUGGAGGGGAGAUCUUCUUAGUGUGCUUAAAAUGGUAACAGUGAUUGUGAGGGGGGGAAAAGGAUUAUACCUUGAUUUCAGAAAAACAUCAUGGCAGUCAUCUAUGCUUGUGCAUCAUGUAAUAAAAUUAUGUAAUUAUUACCAUAACUGUAUAACGCAUUCAGGAAAAAAAUAGUUUUACCUUGGGGAUGGUUCGCCUUGACAAGCUGACUAUGUAUCUGAGUCAUUAGGCGGUCUUGGGAGAAACAAGUUUCAGGAAUAUGAUGCCUUGAUAAUUUAUAUUUGGUUUAAAUUUUCA